GAUUUUAUGAGUUUUUUAUAGUUUUAUGUUUACAAACAAAAAAUUGUAAUUCAAGUGCUUUUUAAAAUGGAUUUCAUUAUGUUUUAGCAUCGGUUUCGAUGAUAUAUUAUAUUCUAAGUUCUAUCAUUGUACAUACUAAAUUCGCCCGAACCAUGACCCACAAAGUGUUUGUCUAUGGAACACUCAAAAGGAACGAACCAAACCAUCAUUGGCUCACAAACCCUGAACAUGGUGUAAGUAAAUUCAUAGCAGAGGGAACAACCAAGACGAAAUAUCCAUUGAUUAUUGGGACAAAGUAUAAUAUUCCCUUUUUAUUGUACAGCCCAGGUGAUGGGCAUUAUGUAAAAGGUGAAGUAUAUGAAGUAGAUGAUAUUAUGUUAGGCAAGUUAGAUAUAUUGGAAGACCACCCAAAUUACUAUGUUAGAGAAUUGGAUGAUAUCUUAGUUAAUAAGUUAAAUUCAUCAGACCAAGAAACAGUCAAGUGUUGGGUGUAUUUCCUAAAGAACUUUAGACCUGAGUUGCUCUCCAAACCGCAGUUAGAGAACUAUUCCUCCACUGGACCCCACGGGCUGCGCUACUUGGAAAGGUCUAAACGAGAUCCAAACGAUAAUUACUAUCCAGAAGUUAAACGAUAGAGAACACAGUUUCAUCAAAAUCUCAACAAUGAAUCAACCAUUGACGACCUGGAUGAUAUGUUACGUAAAUAAAAUUUAUUGUAAUUUUGUUAAUACAUAUUAACUUUAUUGUAAAAUACAAUAUUUUUCUACAAAGAAAUACUAGUACGUAGCUAGCUAAAAAUAACAUUCCUUUAUUUAAUUAUAGCUUAUUAUUAUUUUUAAUUUGUUAUGCCUUCGAUUUUGAAUCAAUUGAUGUUAUCUAUAUUAAAAAUUGUUAUUAAAAAGUUUUAUUAUAUGUUAAA